AUGUAUCUUCGCGACGCAUGUUUCGAAAUUAUGAAGCCUGAUAUGAAUAUGGGAUUACACAAGUUAAUAUUGCCCUGGUUGCAUAUAACAAAAUCUUGUUCGAUUUCAUCUAGAGACAGUGUUCGUGCAUUGCAUCCAGUUGAGACUAACGAUCAAACACUUAAUUCAAUCUUUCCUGGUAAAAUUGUUUAUUAUUCGACUGCAUUCAUCGGUCAAGUACGAUUUACAACUUCUCAUUAUGCUCGAAAUAAAGUUAGUGAUGAUUCAUCAAUCAUCUUCAAAACUGGUUCGAAAGAAAAUUUCGGUCGAAUUCGUCGCAUUUUUACUGUCAAUGGUGCUGAACCUAUGUUCUAUGUUGAUACGUUGCCAAGCAUGACCGCUUUCAAAUGUAAAACGACAUUUGACAUCUAUUCUUAUUCUUAUAUUCAAACUGGUUUAUUCGACGAUGAUACAAACACUAUAUUCAUCAGUGCAAAAGACAUCAUCGAGAGAUGUGUUUUUUAUGAACGUCCCAACAAAAUUUGCACUUUUUAUAGAUUUCCAAACUUAGAAGAAUGUUCUUGA